AGGUUUCUUAAACAGAUGUGCAUCAGUAAAUAUCUGUGCCAGAAGUUAUUGACCCAAAGCAGGAUAACAUCCAAAGGGACCGUUCUUUAUUUGAAUAGAUCAUUCAAGAAGUACUCAAAGUUCAUAACUGGAGAUAUCAUGGCUGCAAAGAAAUUUAUCGGAUGUCUUCUUCUGGCGAUUUGUGUCCAAGCAAUAUUGGCCGCAGAUUAUGAUUACAGCACCUCUAGUGGCAAAGGUCCAAACAGAUGGGCACAACUUUUCCCAAAUUAUUGCAACGGAACUAAACAAACACCGGUCAACAUUGAGGUGUCGAAAGCCCAAUACGCAAAUCUUGGUUCACUWACAAUGACCGGGUACGAGACUAAAGCAGAUGUGGACAUAAAAAACAACGGGCACACAUUCGCAGUCACUGUGAAACCCGACACCUUCUCUAUCAAAGAUGGGGGACUGGAAGGGACCUACAAGCUGCAUUCGUUUCAUCUUCACUGGGGCUCCGACGCAAGUAAAGGAUCUGAGCAUACUGUUGAUGACAAGAUGUAUCCAGCCGAGCUUCAUUUGGUUCACUACAACUCGAAAUACGCCAACCUUAGCGCGUCCUUGGCGCAUGCUGAUGGACUUGCAGUCCUUGGCAUCUUUUUUGAGGUUGGAGACGAAAAUGCUGCACUUCAAUCCUUCUUGAAGUACACUGUUAACGUCACAAACCGCGAUUCUGAGAUUAAGGGCGUCUCUCAAACGCAAACCCUGAAAGGUCUACUGCCAAGCAACACCGACCAUUUCUAUCGCUAUAGCGGUGGUUUGACAACUCCCACCUGUAACGAAGUAGUCACCUGGACGGUGUUUAACAAGACAGCAACUAUGUCCAAAGCCCAGCUUGACCUUCUACGUAAUCUACAAGAGACCAACACCACAAAGCUGGUGGACAACUAUCGCCCAGUGGAACCUCUCAACGGUCGCAUAAUUCAAACAACCUACAAGGCAGACAGUUCGACGACUGCUAAGCCAACGGGAAGUGGCCCCAAUCACUUGGCUAACCACUUGGCAAUUAUCAUGGCUCUCAUGGCUGUUACUUUUAAGAUUGUCCUGUAAGACAUUUCAUUACAGCUGAGAUAAUGCACUUAAUUAAGCCGCAAUGUUUCCUUUUCACCCAUUCGGAAACUUGUUCAUUUUGAUAAUCAGUUUGAUUUUCAAGUGAUAACUAAUAAUGUAGUGUGCACAUGAUUUACAAUAAAAGUUGUUUCUGGCGAA